AUGGCAAUCCUGGGUGACAAUCUCUGGGAAGAAAAAGCGAAAAUAAUAGUUUCGCAGCUCAAUGGCACCGCCCGCCCGCUGGCCCUGCGCGGGGCGCGGGAGCCUCUUCUCGCGAGAGGCCGCCCCGGCAACGGCCGGACGCGGCGGCGGGAGUCCGCGGCCAUGGAGGAGGCGGCGGGCUCUGAGGCGUCCUUCUGCCUGCAGAAAUUUACCAUAUCUGACGAUUCUAAAGAUGAUUAUCAGUAUGAGGAGGUUCCAGCAGAUGAUGAGUUUAGCCUUCAGGGAGAUGAUGAGGAUCUGUCAAAGGCUUUGCAGACUAUUCAAGAGCAGGCUGAAGAUGCCCACAUUCUAGCUUUGCAAUCGGUUCUGACUUCUGAGAAAUCGGUGUCUGAAUUACCUGAAGCAAUAGAUGACUUCUUCUGCAAUUUCCUGGUCAGAUUUGGAAUGUCCAGAACCCUUGACUGCUUCCAAACUGAAUGGUAUGAACUUGUACAGCGAGGUGUGUUCACAGCCAAAGAUACUGGAUUGGUUCCAACUGUGUAUACCCGCAACCAGCAACUUGAGGCUGAGAAUAUGUGUUUGAAGAAAGAUUUGGAAAACUAUAAAGUUGCUGCAAACAAAGCAAAAGAGGCUUUCCUAAAGAUGCAGAGAGAACGUGACUUCCAUCGAAUGCAUCAUAAGCGAGUGGUCCAGGAGAAAAACAGGCUUGUUUGUGACAUUAAAAGGCUGAAGGCACAUUAUGCAUCAUAUGAACCUGUGCUGAAGCAGCUGACUGAAAAAUACCAGACUACAUUGAGACAGAAAAUGUUAACUACUUUGGAGAGAGACAGAGCACUUGAGCAGGUUACAGGUUUGCAAGCCACGCUAGAAAAUUUAGAGUCUGGAUGUGCUAAUCAGAUUCCCGUGACAAAAGCAAACCACAAAUGUCAAAGGAAGAAAGAAUUAGGUCCCACCCAGAAAGCUCUUCAGGAGGCCAGGCAGCAAAAAAACCUUGGUGCUAAAAGCUCUUCAUAUGAUCCAGUCAAGGGUGCUGAGAAGAUAGGCAAGAGAUACCCAAAGGAUUCAGAGUUCCCUGUUGAUACUCAGGUGAACCCAUACUUUGUGCAUGCUAAAGAAUACACUCAACCCCUGAAAUCUGGAGAGUAUAAACUGAGCAACGCUUUAAAAGUGCACAACUUGGCAGUGAACUGCUUGGUUUCACAUCCCCGAAAAGACAUUGUAGUCACUGGCAGUGAUGACCACCUCUGGAAAAUGUGGGCUUUACCUGAUGGGAACAUCAUCAUGACAGGUGAAGGUCACACUGAUUGGCUUUCAGGCUGCUGCUUCCAUCCAAGUGGUACCCAGCUGGUCACUUCAAGUAGGGAUACUACAGUGCGGAUAUGGGACUUUUCAAAACAUGGAUGCAUUCUGACUUUAGAAGGACAUGCCCACGCUGUAUGGGACUGCUCAUGGCAUUCAUGUGGUGAUUUUGUGGCUUCUGCCUCCAUGGACAAGACAAGUAAAAUAUGGGAUGUUAACAGUGAAAGAUGCAGAUACACAAUGUAUGGCCAUAAAGAUUCAGUCAAUAGCAUUGAGUUUCUUCAGUUCUCCAACACCGUUCUCACUAGCUCUGCUGACAAGACUUUAUCUCUCUGGGAUGCCAGAACGGGGCUCCGUGUUUACACAUUCUAUGGUCACCUGCAUUCCUGUAAUCAUGCUACAUUCAACAUGAAGGGUGAUACAAUUGCUUCCUGUGACUCCUCUGGCAUGAUGAAGCUCUGGGACAUUCGGAAGUCGGCCCCUAUUUUAUCCAUAGAUGCAGGCCCACAUCCUGCCAAACAGGUCAUCUUUGAUCACUCUGGUCGUGUCGUGGCUCUGGCAAGCAGUGACGGAUCUGUCAAGGUUCUGCAACUUGAGUGUGGGCAGCUCUCCAGCCUGCGGGGCCACGGCGGCGAGGUGCGCAGCAUCACCUUCCAUCACAGGGCAGAGCAGCUGCUUUCGGGGGGUGCCGAUGGAACGGUGUGCCUCUGGAGCUGA